UAAGUUUCAGGUGGGCAGCUGGCAGCUGCUGAUGUGUAGGUCAGGUCCGGUGGUGGUGGAGGCGGAGGUGAUUCGUCAUGAUACUUUUGCAGGUGUGUGUAGAGCAGGGUUUCAAACGCAUUGAGCUGGAAUCCGAUUCAAAAGGAUAACUUGAUCAUUAAGCAAGGUAUCUGAUGCUAUUACCAAAAAACCAACAAAAAAAAAUAAAGAAAGAAAGAAAAGAAAGGAGAUUGGGAGAGCGCGUGGCUAUAAAAGAAAGCAAUAAAGAGUCAAAGAUAUUGCUAGAGAUAGAGGAGAUGGAUGAGGUUGAAAGAGCGGGAAAAGCACGGAAACACACGCAAGGGCCAUAUCAAUGGGCCAUGUACGAGAACUGGGAACGCCUAAAACAACACUACAGAGAUAAUCCGAGAGAACUUCUUGAUCCAUUGACGACGAACAACGACACUGCACUUAACCUCGUAGCUUUCACGGGACGCAAGGACGUGCUGGAGUUUUUGAUUUCACUGAUAAAAGAAGCUCCGCAGUUGCACCGUGCGCUGAGAAUAAAGAACGGCCAAGGAAACACCACUCUGCAUGAAGUGGCUGAGUCCGGAAACCUGGACGCAGCCAUACUCUUGGUGCGCCUGGAUAACAGAGUUACGGCUGAGCUUGCUAGACUUGAUCUCGACCGAAACGGUGCGCAUGAUGAAGCUUGCUAUAGACCUGCGUUGGAGAUUCAGAACCAGAUGGGAGAGACACCACUCUACAGGGCUGCUGCGUUCGGCCACACAAAGUUGGUCAAAUAUUUGGUUUCCCAAGUGGAGGAUAUAGAGCCGCACCUCCAAAUUCAUAAACUAUCCAUUCUUUAUAUCGCAGUCAUUGGCCACCACUUUGAGACUGCUCUUUGGUUACAAAAGAAGUACCCAUUUCUUGCAGAAAGAAAGAAAAGUAAUGGAUUCACAAGUCUUCAAUUGCUAGCCCAAAUGCCAUCCGCUUUCCAAGGAAAUUUAGGCAAAAGCUUAUGGAAUCGGCUCAUUUAUAAAUGCAUUUCUAACGGUGAUGAUACUAUUGAUUGGGUCCCACCAAAUCAAAACGAUGACUUGGAGAGCAAGAUCAACCAGCCUUGGCAAUCUAGUUGUUCAAAGAAGAUUAAGAGAUGGCCACGAAUGCGUAUGAAGUCCGAGGAAAUGCAAAAGCAAAAAGCGCUGUUGGAACUCACUCAUCUGCUGGUGGAGAAGGACUAUUCAUGGGUGGAAAAUAAAAAAACGAACGACGUGCCAAUUUUCACGGUGCCGUCACAGGAAGAAAAUCCUAUUUCCGGUGACGAUGAUGGGGAAGAAGAAGAGACCAAAUCUAUUCAUCAUAAUGAUACCCCAUUGUUUAUAGCAACCAGCACAGGAAUAUCACAAAUUGUGAAAAAGAUGCUUGAACUACACCCUCAAUCAGUUGAGGCACACGAUGUAGAUAAUCAACAAAACAUUUUUCACAUGGCCAUUAAGCAUCGUCGGCUAGAGAUCUUCAAGCUUGUGAAAAAGAGCAAAUCAGUAACGUCAAGAAUGGCUAUGAAGAUUGACCGUGAUGGCAACACCCUAUUGCAUCAAGCUGCCUAUAUGGAAUAUUACUCUACAAGCACUCAACGCGUAGGUGGUCCCGCAUUACAAUUGCAAGAAGAAUUGCGUUGGAUGGUGCGUGUGCAAAAGAUUAUGCCACGUCAUUAUACCAUGCACCACAACCGUAAGGGUAUGACAGCGGAGCAGCUCUUCAAUAGUGAGCAUACAGAGCUUCUUCAGUCGGCACAAGAAUGGAUGAAAGGGACUGCUCAGUCAUGCUCGACCGUGGCGGCUCUGGUGGCCACAGUGGUCUAUGCAGCCGCAUACACGGCUCCCGGCGGUUAUGAUUCUAACGGGCUUCCUCUUCUCCGGAAUUCCGCUUUCUUUGUCACAUUCGCCAUUACCGACACUGUCUCGCUUAUCAGCUCAUUGGCUUCUUUAGUCACGUUUCUCUCUAUCCUGACGUCCCCGUUUGAGUACCAAGACUUUUACCGUUCUCUUCCAUUCCGGCUGCAUUUAGGGUUCACCCUUCUGUUCUUCUCACUGGUAACCACCAUGCUCACCUUCACUGCUACUAUUGUGCUAUUGAUUCAUCUCCGAAAGAAAUGGACAACGUCCCUCAUUUACGUGGUUGCAUUUCUUCCUGUCCCUAUGCUUGGGCUCAUGCAGCUUCCUUUGUAUAAAGGAUUUUCCCAAGGUUUGAAAUACAUUUUAAAGAAAAUUAGAAAGAUUAAAUUUUCAAUUUGCCCUGCAAGAGGAAGCUGAUAUGUAUUCUUGGUUUGAGUAAGGCCUAUUAUUGAGUGAUUAUGUGUGAGCUACAGGUUGUAGCUUAAAAGGCCAAUAUAGCUCUGAGUUGGAGUUCUCUCUUCUUCUUCCUCUGCGUUUUCCCCUCCUUUUAUGUAUUGUUCAGAAGAACUUUACGGGCUUAAAUAAAGUGUAUGCCAAACAGUCCGUAUGAUGUUUUUAUAUGCAAAGAAAAUAAAAUAUUAUUUUAGAUAA